CCAGCCCCGCGUCUAAACUGACAAUGCAGAGGUUUAAUUUUAAUCAGAUAAAAAGCAGCUGUCAAGCGCCCAAAAUCUUUCUCAUGGUUAAUGCCAUUUUAUUUGAUUAUAUAAUCCGAACAAUUAUUUAAAAUAUGUUUUCACCUGGUGGGUGACAGAGGAAGACGAUAUUUUCUUCAACUGCCUGCAAGCAAGAGUUUUCAAUGAGCUAGCUAAUGAACGUUAGUUAGCUAACAGCUAGCUAGCUCCUUUUAGUUUGCUGCACCACCACAACAACACGCAGUGUGACCGACCAAGGUUAUAACCAGAUGGUGUUUUGGUUUCUAAUAUAUAUAUAUGCAUAGCUGAUAUUCCCUCUGUCACUCAUGGGGAGGGGAUAGUAUAUUGUAGAUAAUAAGAGUGAUAAGGUUAACAUUACCCCACAUUGAAGUUUAAAUACCCGAGUAGGCUACUCUGUCUUGAUACUGUUCAAUUAUUUGCGACACUGUGAUUGACAACCUGCAAUUUUCUGUGACUGAUACAAUAAGUAACAGUUACUUGCUUAGUAAAUAACCACUAUCAUGUAGCUAACGUUAGAUAUAACGUUACCCAAAUCCUAAUGAUAAUUUGUGAAUUCUCUGACGCAAUAUUAUCUUGAAGAAAAAUCACGAUUUUCAUGCUGAAUUGUUGUCUCUGUCAGAUAGAGAACCGUAUAAAACGGGCGUGUUCGGUCACAGAGCUACAGUAUCAGUUAACUGGGCUGAAUGACUUCCUUAUUCCCGAGCUACGGUAGCGAGGAUUUAGUUUACCUUGCAAUCGAAUGUGUGUAGAACUUCGGAGUAACUGCUCUUCAAAUACUUGGAAAAACGGUCAGUAAGAUUGACUCAAUUACAUUCUAGUAAUACAAGGGUGGCUUCUAGUCACACAACGUCUGCAUUGCUUGUCAGCAGGAAUAUUGUGCACUUUAGAAGAGGGAUGGAAUCAAAAAGAGAAGGGAAGGACAAGUUCUUUAUAGUGACACGGGGGAAGGCGAGAAAAGGGUUCGCAAGAGGAUGUAUCGGCCGUGUGGAGGCAGAGAUGCAGAAGGGAGAGCUGAUGGGACUGCUGUACGGAGGUGGCAGCAGUGGGGGUAACCCUAAGAGUGGGGGCAUGGUGAAGAUGGAGGACACAUACCCCCUCACCUGCCACCAGGCCCAGCUGCUGCUCUUCGUGUCCCCCUCCAGUAAACGCCUGGAGCUCCUGUGUAACCCCCAGCUUUUUUUGGCUAUCUGUGUGCUGUCUCAGGAUGACCUGGUGGUAGUUAAGCACAAGAAGGGUCACCAACCAGGGCUGGUUAGGAACCUAAUGCUGAUCGGUAAGAAGGAGAACCAAGGAGACCUGCUGAUGCUGGGCUUUGAGGUUGAGUUUGUGCAAGACUCUAAUCAAACAGUGUCAUCUAAGAAGCCCGCCCCUCUUCCCCUGUUCAGUGCAGCAGACAUUGUCCAGGUUGUCCCAGCGUACUCUGUAGGCCUUGGCCCUAGCUGGAAAGACAGUCAUUCAGAGGGUCUUAACAGAAAAGCGGGGUCACGUAUCAACUCCAUGCCUAAUAUGGGAUCUUGUGGACGACAAGUGAGAGAUAUAAACCGCGUAGACCAGAGUGUCACCCCACCCGAAAGCCUGUCACACCACACUUUUGAUGUGGGAUCCCUGGUGGAGGUAACGUCCAACACUGGGAUCACUGUAUAUGGGGUAAUCCAGUGGAUGGGAGUCCUUUCAGAAAAUAAAAUUGACUGGGCAGGAAUUGAGCUGGAUUAUGAGGUGAAUAAUUGCUCAGAUGGGACGUAUGGAGGCCAGCGGUAUUUCACUUGUAAAGGGGGCAGGGCCCUAUUUUUGCCCCUAACAAAAUGCAGUCCAGAUGGAAGGUUCCUAUGUCUCCGCUCUGAAAAGGAGACCUUCAAAGCCACAAAUAUCCUCCCAGUUACUCCAUUGGAGGAAACCGAUGAGAAUGUCCCUCCUAUCCCUGAGUCGGAAGCCUUGUCUUUGCUCGUGGGCAAGAUGAAGGGGAUCCAGGGGCAUUACAACUCCUGCUACCUCGAUGCCACUCUCUUCAGUCUGUUCAGCUCAUCCAUGACCCUGGACAGUGUUUGCCACAAACCAGCUGACACAGAACAGAGCAUAUCUCGCUCUCUGAGAAGAGACAUCGUUAACUGUUUGCGCCGACAAGGUUUUGUCCCUGCUGAGAGCGUAAUGAACUUCCGCAAGCAACUCGGCUGUGACACCUUUGUAACAGAAGAGAAAGACCCUGAAGAGUUCAUCACAAUCCUCAUACAGCGGGUGCUGUGCAUGGAGCCAUUGCUUAAACUCAGAUCGAAUAACAACACAUCUCAGGAUGCCUACACAUUCCAGAUUAUUCUGGAUAAGGAGCAGGUGACACAGACUCCCACAGUUCAGCAGCUGCUGGAUACCUCCUUCCUGUCUUGUGGCCUCAAGUUUGAGGAGAUCCCAUCCUGUCUUAUGGUCCAGAUGCCAAGGUUUGGGAAAAAGUACAAGAUGUUCCCCCACAUCAUCCCUUCAACAGAGCUUGACAUCACAGAUCUUCUGUACAACUCCCCCCGAGAGUGCUUCCUCUGUGGGCAUUUGGCAGAGUAUGAGUGCCCCCAGUGCCUACAGGACCGCAAGCUCCAGCCAGGAAGAGUCAAACAGUACUGCACUACUUGCAAAACACAGGUGCACACUCAUCCGUCUCGGAAGGGCCACUGCCCUAGAGCCCUGGCAGUGCCAGCGGAGGUUCCGGCAGAUGCCCCUUUACCCAGGCACACGAUGCAGUUGUUCGCUGUGCUCUGCAUCCACACCAGCCACUAUGUGUCUUUUGUGAAGUAUGGGCCUGGCCCUCGCUCCUGGCUCUUCUUCGACAGCAUGGCGGACAGAUGUGGUGAUGACCACAGUGGCUACAACAUUCCAGAGAUCAGGGCUUGUCCCGAGGUGGGUGACUUCCUGUCUCAGUCAGAGGAGGAGCUAGUGUGGGCUGACCCCUCCCAGGCUGGAGAGCCUGUCCGCAGGCUGCUGUGUGACUCCUACAUGUGUUUGUACCAGAGCGCAUCCAUGGCCCUCUACAGAUAAAGCCAGCACAAGGCUGAAGUGUACUGAAGAGAACACAGUGUUCUCACAACAGUGCUAAAAUAACCUUGGUUUCAGCAUCGCCAUGGCAUCAGUUUGUUUUCACAAAAACAAAACACUGAUGAUUAGUUGAAAAACUUAAACGUUAAAGGGAUGCUUUUAUGAUAACUGAAAUAAUCACCAAGGUCUUCUCAAAUGUUUUCCUUUGUCAAUGUAAUUGACCUUUGUUUCAAUAAAGGUUGAUGGAUGAAGUUGGGGUUAGGAAGGGCAAUUGAACUAUUGGUAUGUUUUAUUGUUGCACAUUUCUAUGUAUAAUAUAGAUUUAUGGAAUUGAAGUGGAUCUAUGACUGCUUGUGGAAUUCUGUUGAAUGUCAAUGUUUUCCUGCUUUUUUAUGUUGAAGGAAUGAAAUAAUAUAUUAUAUACUGUAGUACCUUGUUUUUUAUUGACUGAAAAUGUUGUUGAAUGAAAAGGGCUAAGU